GAAUAAUUUCUUUCUUUCAUGGGGACUUUUGUUGGGUCAUGAGUCAUGACGACGUUGGCGUAUGUUAGAUAGUAUAGACUUCUUUAUGUGAGAGAGAGAGAGAGAGAUAGGGACUUUAUGAGAGAGAGAGAGAGAUUGAGAUAGAGGUCAAAGCAAGGCAGUUGUGGUACUGUAUAGGGGUAAUGAUUUAGGCUUAGAAGGGCAGGAUACGAAUUCAGAAGCUCGUGAUAUAUAUAAAUAUAUAUUAUAUAUAUAUAUAUAUAUACAUUUUGCAAGCAGGGGGGGUUGAAUCAGAAGCUAGCAGAAACAGGCAGCAGGUCUGUGUGCGUGUGCGUAUAUAUUUGAACCCAGACAGUCCCAACGGGUUUCAAAGAAUAUCGUAGCACUGUACUGUUUUUAGGAGCCAAACCAAACCAAACCAAACUCAGAAGCCCUUUUUUUUUUUUUAAUAAUUUUUUUUGGAGAGUCUGAGAGGAAAAGGGUGUAAAGUCGAGCAUUUUAAGGGGAUCUGAGAGGAACCCAGGUGGUGAAAUCUUGUUUAGAAGUGUAAAGAUAGAGACUUUGUUGGAUAUUCAAGAGUGUUUGAGGAGAAGGAGCAAAAGUGUGUAGAUCAAGAGGACAAAAGAUGAGUAGUAGUUGUGGGAGAAAUGGGGCUGUGAGGCAGUAUAUAAGAUCAAAGGUGCCUCGCUUGAGAUGGACUCCUGAGCUCCAUCACUGUUUUGUUAAUGCCAUUGAGAGGCUUGGUGGCCAUCACAAGGCUACACCUAAGCUUGUUCUUCAAUUGAUGGAUGUCAAAGGACUAACUAUCUCACAUGUCAAGAGCCAUCUCCAGAUGUAUAGAAGCAUGAGGGGUGACUUGAGCAGACAAGAUAGAGGUUCUACUCAUCAGCAAAGAAGACAAUCUUUUGAGGAGCAUGAUGAUGAUGAUGAGUGUGUUGAUGAAGUGAAUGAUGUGGGUUUUUAUCCAUUGUCAAAACCCCCCAUUGGAAAAGAAUCAGAUUCUCCCUUCACCUACUGUACCCCUCUCCCUCGAAAAAGAGCUAGAAUUGAAACGAUGAGUUCAAUCUCUGAGAGCCUGCAAUGCAGCCAAAGAAUAAAUGAGACAGUCUCAAAUCCGUACUCUUUUGAUGAUUACAUGCGGGCCAUGGCUGAGCAUAAGGGAAUAAAAGAGGGUUGUGGUUCAAGAUGGCAGACACAGCCUCAAUCCCCAGCCUUCUUUCUGCCACGAGAUCUUUACAACCUCAACUCUUUCAAAUAUGCGGUGCAAGAAUCUCAUUUCCUUAAGGUAUCCAGUCUAGAGGAUCAAAAGUACACCCCAGAAAGAAGGCCUAAACAUGAGAACAAUGGAGGGGGAAGUGCCCAACAACAAGAAGUUGGUGGUUGCGAGUUGUCAUUAUCGCUCUCAUUGCCUCAUCCGUCCUCCCAGAAAAGCAAUGCUUCUUCCGUGAGCGAGAUCAGUGAGACAAUCUCAUCCUAUUCUAGAUCUUAUUAUAAAGAUUGCUCCAGCUCAUCUUCUGGAAAACAUAGUAUUAACCUAGACCUAUCUAUAGCUCUAUGUUAAUGUAGAAUUCAUCUUUUACCAUGUUCCCAUAAUACUCUUUCAAAAUUUCUUCGUUCUUUGUAAUUUAUCAGCUUAACUCACCGACUUUCAUGGACAUGAUCUAUAUUUAUAUUUGGAGACUUAGGUAAGAGCUUAGCUUCAAUUUGUUUUUGGCACCUGAAAUCUGGUUUACUAAUGUCCAAAUUGAGUAAUGUUAGGGACACAAUGUUUUUCAUGACUA